UUUCUGCAUCUCUCUGGUGGCUUGUGUGAACCACGUUUGACAUUAGCUCCGUGCAGGAAUCCAAAGGCCUUUGUUUGCUUGCCCACUGGCCCUAUUUGUCAUUGUUCUUCGACUGAGUCAUGUGGAUCUGUUGUAAAUAAUUCUCUGCACCUGAGGUACUGUUGACAAGUCAGUGUCGGAGUGAGGAUAAAGGGUGAACAUCUCUGAUUUCCAGGCAUCGGGAUAAUUCAAUCCUAAUUACGCCCGACAAAAGUUAAACAAACUACGGCUAAGAAGCACAGAAGAGGUGGUCAUUUCAAGGAAACUGUUCACCCUCUCCUUGAGGUCAUCACUCCCAUCUAAUGCUUUGUGUUACCAACAGGUGGCCAAUGGACAGGACUGUAGUAUUGGCCGACGGACCGUGUAAGCGCGGCUUGUAAAAGGAUCCCACUGUGGUUGGUCGUGGUCUAUAGAGAGGAGCCGACUACGCUCUCCGGGCUCCUCAGCCAUGGCUCUGCUGGCCUACCUGAAGAGCCUGUUCAUCCUGCAGUUGCUGAUGGGCUUUGUGUUCGUGGUGAGCGGCCUCAUCAUCAACUUCAUCCAGCUCUGCACCUGCGUCCUAUGGCCGUUCAACAAACAGCUCUACCGCAGAAUCAACUGCCGGCUCGCCUACUCCCUCUGGAGUCAGCUGGUGAUGCUGCUGGAGUGGUGGUCGGGCACAGACUGCACUCUAUACACCGACCAGGCUACAGUGGACAAGUUUGGCACAGAGCACGCCAUCAUCAUCCUCAACCACAACUUUGAAAUCGACUUCCUCUGUGGCUGGACAAUGUGCGAAAGAUAUGGCAUCUUGGGGAGUUCAAAAGUGCUGGCUAAACACGAGCUGCUGAAGGUCCCUCUGAUUGGCUGGACCUGGUACUUCCUAGAAAUUGUCUUCUGCAAAAGAAAGUGGGAGGAAGACCGAAAGACGGUCUUCAGUGGACUGGAUAGGCUCAAAGAUUACCCUGAAUAUAUGUGGUUUCUUCUAUAUUGCGAGGGCACCCGUUUCACGGAGCAGAAACACCAAAUCAGUAUGCAGAUUGCAGAGAGUAAAGGACUCCCCAAGCUCAAAUACCACCUACUGCCCCGAACCAAAGGAUUCACCACAACACUGCAGUGUCUUAAGGGCACAGUGACUGCCGUGUAUGACGUGACUCUCAACUUCAAAGACAACCAGACUCCCACUCUCCUGGGCAUCGUGAACGGCAAGAAAUACAAAGCUGACCUGAGUGUGAGACGGUUCUCUGUCGAGGAAAUACCGGAUGAUGAGAAGGAGUGCGCCAACUGGCUGCACAAGCUCUACCAGGAGAAGGAUGCCUUACAGGAACACUACAGCAAGGAAGGCAAGUUCCCCGGCCCGACAAUAAUCCCACCUCGCCGACCAUGGACGCUGCUGAACUUCCUGUUCUGGGCCACCCUUCUGCUUUCGCCCCUCAUCAACUUCGCUUGUGGAGUCGCCGUCAGCGGCUCCCCCCUCCUCAUCAUUGGCUUCAUCAUUUUCCUCAUCAUAGCUUCCAUAGCUAUCCGACGCCUCAUAGGGGUCACCGAGGUAAAGAAAACAGGCUCCAGUUACGGCAACCAGGAGGCCAAGAAACAAAACUAAAAGUGUGUCAGCCCCCUACCCACAACCCCACAAAACCCUCCUCCCAUGUACGGCCUUUUCUGUGUGGCCGUCCUGUGGUGUUUUCACCCCAAACAAACUCCAUUCUCCUCCUGCUGUCGGGUCAGUUGUCAGGUUGGGGAGGAGAAAACCUAAUAGAGACCAGAGAUAGAAAUACGAAUGGCACUGGACUGAGUGAGUGAGAGAGAGAGAGAGAGAGAGAGAGAGCGAGCAUGGAAGGUCUAGGGGAGCUCUCUGGUGUAACACAGAACAAAAGGGGGGGGGGGGGGGGGGGGGGGGGAUGCCGAACCAUAUUCCGCUGCAUUCUUCUUAAUCCAGCUAGUCCCCAUCCCAGCCACAUUAAAUCCCGUUAACACCCAAAUUCAAGCUCCUAACAUGUCACAUGGACAACCAGUCCGCCCAUUUCGUGCUCUUGCACUACCUACCUCCAAAACCAGUCACAGUCAUCAGCCAAUCAGGGCGUGGUUUGUGUGCGGCCAUUCUUUUUGCCCACAGAAAAAAUCUUUUUUGGGUUUAAUUUAAUUAAAUUUUUAAUCUUAACCUCCAUCCAGGGCAGUGUGUUACUGCAACAACGAUCUGUAAUAUGCAGGACGUCUUCAAGUGGGACUUCUAUUGGAAACUGGUUCCGCGAGGCCCAUCCUGGUUUCCUGUAAUCUCAAAGGGUCGAUUCACCCAAGUCACUAAAUAAAUGUACAACGUCUAACAUAUCUAGCAAUGCAGAUAGAUUUGGUUUUUAUACGCGCGAGAACUGAGAUUUUCCAAAACCGUACCAGAAAAUAAAGGUGAAUCCAAUUUUGUUCAUGGGGCUCAAAUCAUUGUAAAAGUAUAUUUGAAAAGCUGUAAAGAACAUUGUUGGAGUAUCUAAGUAUUUGUUAUUUAAAUAUCACAUUACCUUUGAGCACUGCAGUGAAAUUCAGUUCACCUCCUUUUUAUCAGGUUGGGAGUCGAAGCGUCAAAGCAGAGAUGUGAAAAUAUAAAUUCCACAUCAUCUCCAGGGCUGGAUUUUUUUCUACUUUAAUCUUGUGAUUUUGGUGAAUUGACCCUUUAAGGUCCUGGCUUGGCGUGGCUGGUGUCUGUUAAACUACAACGAGGGCUCUGAGUGUGACAACCGUCCUUCUGAAGGAUACCGACCAUCUGUCACCAGUCUGAUGUGUCGCCCGCAGCACCAGCGCCUCCCCCACAUUCUAAAACAUUUCAUUUCUCGCUCCAAUCUCUAUUCCUGUUUUCCGUUACUUCACACAGAUAGAUUUUUUCGCAUACAUGCUAUUAUUCCUUCUUUUUUUUUUAACAUCAUCUCUCAAUUCAACCAGCAAUCCCAGUGAGAACACUUACACAGUUCAACGCACCACUUCCCCUCUGACGCCAGUUGAAAUGCGGCUCACGCUGCUUGCUCCUGCUGUUGAGUGGCAGUGGGAUCCAAGAGAAAGGUCACCGACUGUCUCCGCGUAGCCCCACAGCUGUCGGCACAUUAUUUUUGCUUUCCUGAUAUAGACUGUAGUAGUGAUAUUUUAACCUUCGCCUUAAAUCAAGCCUGCACAGGCAAGGGAUUGCUCAUUCGCCAGCCCUUGAAAACAGCGCCCACCUCUUCCCUCCAUUGUGUUUGAAUACCAGCGCUCUCGCCCUCUCAACGAAGCGCGGGGGAGUAGCACACGUUCAUAUGGUUUGAUCACCAAAAUGAAUGAGCAAUUGACGACCAUUGUUAAGUCUUUUAAGUUGAAAGUUAGGCAGGCGUGUUUGUCACUGUUUAGCUUGUCAUUAGUUAAAGAAAGCUGCACUUCUCUGGAGAUCAGCACAGCGACACUUAGUCGGUGUUGCACUUUUAGUUUCAUACAUUUCUCGAUUUGGGAGUCGCUCAAUCCCGCGAUUGGUCGUUUUUAAAAUUGAAGGUUCGCUGCUGCUGCUGCAGCAGUAGCACACGACCGGCGAUGAGCCACAUUUCCUGGUCCCCAAACACAAACAAUGGUAGCAAUACGCGUCGUGUCCUGCUCUCUCCUCCCCUCUGCCCUCCUGUGCCACACGUAGUGUUAAUUUAAAAUCUUUCUUCAGAUUAAAAUUCUUGGGAUCACCAGUCGUCAGCAGCGAUCAUGUCGUGUACUUUCUGUAGAGUUUUUUCUCGACCCCGGACAGAUUUCAUGCAAAGCCUUAAUAGACAGUGCUGCUGAAUUUUUGUGUGAGAAUGCAGAAGCUAGCCGAGCCCCCUGUUGUAGUGAAGGAUCAACAUGUGGGGGAAAAAAUGUCCUCCAGUAUAGCAAGCAAGUCUUCUGGAAUUAGUCAUCAAGUGACUUGUUCUAAAGUUUUAACAUAGAGAAAUGAAAGAGAACUGAGAAUUGAUAAAGUCACGUUUGUAAUGAAUCCACUUUUUUUUUUCUUUACACAAAGACACUUGGAGUUGCAUUUACCUCAACUUCUCGUGUAAAGCUUUAGGAUCUUAGCCUGUUAUCGUUUUCUUUCAGAGAUGUGUUUGUUCUUUAAAUCCAGACAUGCGGCAUCCUCGCACACGCACUCCGAUCCAUCCUGUCAUUCAGUGAAACCAUUGUCCAAACCUGAAAGGAUUAAGAGAAGUUCAAACCAGUAUUUAGAAAAAGUUUUUUUUUUAUUGGGUAAAGAAAUGUACAGUACUCUCAAAGUAUUCAGUCCUGUAUUUUCACAUCGUGUAAUGUUGCAGCCUUGUGUUGAAAUCAUUUAAAUGUAUUUUUCCCCCUUGUCGACUUUCAAUAUCAUAUCCCACAAUGACAAAGUGAAAACUGAUUUUUUUUUGUCAUUAUGAAGUUGAGUGUCGAUUGAUUUGGGGAGAAAAAUUAUUUAAUGUUUUAACCUUAAAGCUGCAACAUAGUGUAGAAAGUGAAGCGGUCUGAAUGCGCUGUAACUGUAUUUUCUUAUUCUCCACUGGAAUCAAAUAACAUUACAAAUUGACACGAUGACUUUUUAAAACUCAAAAAUAUAUAUCCGUUCUCUGUUUUCCAAGUUUAUUUUUAUGUUCUCUUCAAUUAAAACACUUAAUAUUAAAGGAUUUAAUCACAAA